UGGCAGAGAUGAAAUCAUUUUGCUGAAGCGCAAGAAGUUACUGCGACAGUUGAUGUUUCGUCAACACAAUAAUUGUGGGAUUACAUGAGAUCGGCGUCGUUGUACAGCGUUGGAAAAAAAAUAACAAAAUGCACGACUAUCAUGUUAUCCCGUGGAUUUCAUUAGUUUGUGAUGUUUUGUGGAUGAGUGAAGAAAAUAGAAUCGCCGAUGUUCUUCGUUAAUUGACGCAUGCAAUGCACAUGUAGUUCGUACACACGAAGCGCUGGAUUUGUCAGCAGCGCGCAAAAGCAGGAACGGAGAACUAUCAUGCGUAACUUUACGAGACAAGGAAGGAAGAGAUGACAUAACCUCCACACUCGAAUGUGUUUUCGUUGAAGUUAUAACCAUGGCGUAACGUUUGUGCGCAAAGGAAAAGUGUAAAUUAACUUUUAUAGUCCGUGCCGUUUGUUUGUGUGUUCCCACUCAAAAAACUAUGAUAAUCAAGUGCCUGAAGUUAUGCUUCUAAAAAACUCAUAUGUGAUAAGUGUUUUUUUUCUGCUGUACUGAACGUUUAAAUCAGUGUUGUACCUAAGUUUAUUGUUUUAUUGAAUAACGAUGGAUGAGAAAAGAAUUGCCGAUUACUUCGUGGUAGCCGGGUUACCUGAAAAUCCUGAGCCAUUGGAGGAAUUUUCUCAUGACAGUGCACAUCUGAAAUCGAACUACAAUCAGCCACCAAUAACAGAUAUCACUGUAUAUUUUCCAACCCUUGGAGAAAGUGUGCCACCAGAAUAUACUGUCCUGAGCAGAACACCAACAGGUUUCUCAGCAGACUUGAAUCAUGGAAGCUUACGCAGUCCUGAAGUUUACCUGUGCUAUCGUAGAGGAAGAGACAAGCCACCUCUUGUGGAUGUCGGUGUAAUGUAUGAAGGGAAGGAGCGCAUUAUGGCUGAUUCAGAACCAAUAGUCACUACUCCUGGAGGAAGAAUAGCGAAUGUGAACAACUCUGGGGCAAAGACAUUUGUCACCUUCAGACGUGCUUCACCCAGCAUGCCAUGCAAUGAGCUUGUUGUGACGGACAUAUGUGUCAUACUCACCAAUAAAGGCGAAACAGCACCUCAUGCCUUCUGUAUGAUCAAUAGAAACCUUAACAAGGGAAUGGUUGGUUCUGAUGUAUUUUUAUGUUACAAAAAGUCAAUGAACAGAGCAACAUCAAUAUCAUAUAAGCCAGGUAUUUUGUCUCGAUAUCCAUAUGCAGAUCGUCGAGAUUUUCCAUUCCCUCCAUCUGUGCCAAUGUUCUGCUUACCUAUGGGCUCUACAAUAGAAUGUUGGCCAGUUUCAGCAACUCAACCACGGCCUGUUUUCUCUACAUUUGUGCUUACAGUUUCAGAUGCAGCUGAAAAGGUGUAUGGAUCAGCAGUAACUUUCUAUGAAAGAAUUCCUAAGGAUGCACUUUCUUCAAAACAACAGGAAGAGCUGGAGUUGAAUGAUGGUGAUCAGAAAACUGUGAAUAUCAAUAAAUGUAUCUGUCUUCUAUCACAUUGGCCAUUCUUCGAUACAUUUGAAAAAUUUCUUGGGUACCUUUACAACAUGUCAUGUGAAGGUUCUCACAAUGUACCCAUUGAGAGGUACAUAUCAUAUUUCUUGGAAGACAUUCCAUUUCCAUCCCCUCAGAGGCCACGAAUUCUGAUACAGCUUUCAGCUUCUGACCGUCUUGUACUGACACAGCCAGAAGAUCUUCCACUUCCCAGAAGUGGUGCAGGAUUUAGAGAACUUUUGAUGAGCCUGGGACCUGAUAAUUGCCUUCUUGUUUUGCUGUUGGCACUAACAGAACAGAAACUUUUGGUGCAUUCUCUUAGGCCUGAUGUAUUAACAGCAGUAGCUGAAGCAAUUUCUAUGAUAAUUUUUCCUUUCAAGUGGCAGUGUCCAUAUAUACCUCUUUGUCCACUUGGUUUGGCAGAAGUUCUUCAUGCUCCACUUCCAUUCCUUAUUGGAGUGGAUUCAAGAUUUUUUGAUCUCUACGAUCCACCAGUAGAUGUUAAUUGUGUUGAUCUUGAUACUGUCAGCAUAUCAGUCUGUGAAGAUAGAAGAAGCCUCAGUACAAAGCUGCUCCCAAAGAAACCAGCCAGGAUAUUGCGGAACAGCCUUGAGAAUUUGCAACAGAAAGUGAUGUUGCACAUAAGAACUGUGAACAGUUUGGCUCAAGAUACAUCAAAAGAAAAUAACAUUGAUAGAGAUUUCCAACUAAAGAGGAAGGAGCAAACACUAGAGCUGGAAAUUCAAGAAGCAUUUCUACGUUUUAUGGCAACAAUAUUGAAGGGAUAUCGUUCAUAUUUGUUGCCAAUUACCAAAGCACCAACUGUGGGAACCACUGACCCUAAUUCAUUAUUUGACCUACAAGGCUUCCUUCGCUCCAGAGAUAAGAAUAAUCAUAAAUUUUUCACCUAUGUGAUGAAAACCCAGAUGUUCAUACGGUUUAUAGAAGAGCGCUCAUUCGUUUCGGAUAUGGAUGCAAGUUGGGCAUUUUUUGAUGAAUGUACAGAGAAGGUUGAUGAUGAUGGUGAGUGUCGCCUCUUAGAAAUGGAUGAGUCUCAACAUAGUGAACGCACUGUGUUCAUUCCACCACCAGAGCCAACUGGAUUAUCACCAGGAGUGACAUAUUCAUAUGAGGGCUUUAAUUUGAAUCCUUUACUCUUCAAACAAAAGGAUGUUAAAGGGUUUCUAAAUGCAGCACAUCGUCUAAGUGGAGGUGCUCCAGGAAGUCCAAUGGCUCGGAGAACAAAGCAUGAAAUUAAGUUGUCACAAAAAUUAGCAAGAAAAUAUUCUUCUUCUCCUGAGCACUGGGCUAAGUACCUUCUGGGAACAUGCUUCAGUAUCUGGUUCAUACACCUACCAAGCUAUGUUAUGAUGUACCGAAGCAAAGCGGCUACUUGUCUACGUACUGCUUAUGAGGUCUUAGUAAAAAUACAGAAAAUGAAGUUGCAGCCUAUGGAUGAGGUUUGUUACCGUGUGAUGAUGCAGCUGUGUGGCGUGUACAGCCAACCAGUCCUUGCAGUGAAACUGCUUUUUCAGAUGAAACGAAGUGGUAUACAGCCAAAUGCUAUUACGUACGGCUUUUAUAACAGAGCUGUAUUGGAGGCCACUUGGCCCUCAGACUGCACUAAUUCUAGUCAGCUGCUGUGGAACAAGUUAAGGAAUGUCAUUAUUGGUGUUGCACUGUUUCGUCGUUCUGGAGCAAGAAGACGUCUUUCAGAGGACGCUGUUUCAUUUGCUGAUGCCAUGGAUGGUUUGUCUCACACUUCUGUAGACAGUGGAAACUCUCAUGAAUAUGCACAGGUUCCUCCAUCAUCUGAUUUAUCUGAAGUAAAGAGCAAACACAUUGGUGGCAACCAGACAGAUACCGACACAGGAUACAACAGCUCAAGUGUCAGUGUCAAUGCACGUGAAGUUCAGCCUGCAGUGACUUCAGAUACGCAAACAGAACUUGUUGGUGAUGUUAAAUGUGCGAGCAAGGCAAACCCUUCUGACUCAGGCUUCGCACAAUUUGACCGCUUCCGCUCACGUCACGGCAGCAUUGUGAGACCCUCAGGCACUUCCUUGCUUACACCAGUGCGUCCCCUGCAUCAACAGCCAUUUGAAAGCAGUGCUGGUCUAUUGAUGACUGGUUUGUACAAUGGACCAUCUUUGUCAGAAGAGGAGACAGACGUUUUUGACUCAGCUUUUGGAGGUGACUCCCCUACAGUAGGAUCACAGAGGAGACGUGCUCGGAGUGGUAGUUGUUCUGAGUUUGUCUUCAAUCUGCGACAUCAUGGUCAGCCUGCCAGCCCAAAGCCAAACCGAGCUUCUGAGACUGAGGCUUGGAAGCUUCUUAGCAGGUCAGAGAGUUUUGCCAAUGAUGCUCAAAUUUUGGACAAACUUGGUCUUCAGGCAGAACUUCAUAACAACACCAAUAAUGUGCCUUCAAUUCCAGAACUUCCCAGAACUACAAAAUCUCCAAGUUCUAAAGUCAUUCCAAGCAGGGCUCUGUUUGGUCGUAGAAACAGCCUAACAUUACGGCGUCAAAGCCGGGAAUCAUCGUCAGAACAUCUGGAAGAGCGAAGUUCAGCUGGCAGUACUGAUGAUUUGGACUCUGUUGGCAGUAACACACCCAAACACUUUGGUAAACUAAUGUCUGCCUGGGGUUCAAAAGUUAGUCGGGUAGGAAAUGAAAUGUGGGAUCGUGUAGGUAUGAAGAAGCUAGACAGUGACAGUAGUCUUAAGAAAAGCAGCACUGAUUCUCUUCUUGAUUAUCAUAAUAAUGUGAAGAAUAAGAAUAUUAAGAAUUCGUCCUCCUUUAUGGUAAAUAAAACUCCCCAAGUUUUGCACUCUGCAACUACUGCAAGUGAUACACAUCAGACACAGGAGGAAAGAGAGAAUUUUCAGUGUGACCCAAAUCAUGUAAAUGGACCACUAGAUUCUCCUAGUAAGAAUUCUGCUGCUCAUUCCCAGAAGACCUCACCCGUAAGGACACCUGUUACGGAGAAUGACCCCCUUGGGGCUCUACAUAUGGAAGAUGACAUACCCCAAGACACAGAGUCACCAGAACCACCUAACGUUCAAGAUCAUCCCAGUGCAUCUCAGUAUAAUUCAAACGCUGCAGCAGUUGUGUUAGAGUUGUCAGACAGUGAGAGAGGCCCGGUGCUUUUUGGUGGUCGGGGACGAACUCAGGGUGUGUCUCGUAGUGCAACUUUUACUCAAGAAAGUUCUCAGGUUGGAGAUGAGGAUGAAUUAGAAGAAGGAGAGGGAGAAACUCACUCUGUGCAAGGAAAGUCGAUGCAACGAUCAUCGACAAUGCCUGUUGAUGUUCCGGUUACGUCUGGUGGGGUAACUUCAAGUAUAAGCAGCCUUGGUUCAAGCUUCAAGUUACCAUUCAGCCGUUAUUCUCCUGCUCGACUCAGUCUGCGUAAAGCAGACCUUCGCAUCGGCACUCAGAUCAUUGAGAAUGCUCUCACUAACUUCAGUCCCAGCAGUUUGACUUCCAAAAAAUCAAAUGAAUUAUUAAUUGGAGGCCUCAAUAGCCUGAAGUCUGCAGCUACUUCAGUUGCUAAGAAAUUUGAUGAAAUUAAAGAAGCAAUAUCUGCCAACUCCACACCUGUAAAAGGAGUAGUUGGGCAGGGAUAUCAACCUGAAUAUGAGAACCAAUAUCUUGAGGAUGAGUCAGUUGACGUAACAGCUGCUGUGCCUGAGAGUAGCAGGAGGAUAUCUAGUGAAUUCUCAUACCUUGAUUCACGUAGUAAUUUAUGGGAGUUAUUUGGUGAUGGCAGCAGGAAAGGAAGUUCCACGAAUCUUCACCCACUUGGUUCGGCAGCAUCAUCUCAGCAGCAGCUCCUUCCAGAGAUUUUGUACCCUAAAGAAACACAUACCAGAGAUCCAAAUGCUCCUGUUGCAUUGGAGAUUAGCAUGACAACAUGCUCAAAGUGCCAUAAUUGUUCAUCAGUGCUGUAUGAUGAGGAAAUAAUGGCUGGUUGGGAACCUGAAGACUCAAAUUUGAACACAAAGUGCCAGUUUUGUGGGAAAGCCACAGUUCCAUUUCUUAGUGUUACCAUACUUGAUUAUCGGUCUCAGCCAAAAAUGGCUUCAGCACAAAGUCAAGAAAGUGUGAACAGAAGUAAAACUUCCUUGAAUCGGCUUUCUUAUCUGGGUCUGAGUAAUUCAUCAGUAGAUUCCAGCAGUGCAGCUGAAACAGAUGUCAGUAAACUUCGUCCAGCAGAAGGAGAUCCUCUGACUGCAUGUAACAGGAAGAGAGAAGACCCUCCGGCAGAUCUUCCAGUUACACUUGAGCCAAUUACUGUGCCAUAUCUCAAUCCAUUAGUAUUGAGAAAGGAAUUUGAAAAUAUUUUGUACAAUGAAGGAGACAGCUGUCUUACGCAGUCCCGAUUUGUGGAUGAGCAUCCAAUUAUAUACUGGAAUAUGGUCUGGGUGUUUCAACGCAUCACAGCUGUAAGUCACUUGCCUGGCUUGUGUUUACAUGCAGCGUCUGUAGAAAAAGGAAACCGAACUGUUCAUCCAUCAUGGGCCAACAGUGAUCACAAUAAUGUUUUGAUUCACUGCAUGUGGGAUAAUCCUCGCCUUCAUGAAGAGGUUGGACAGCCUAUGUAUGUGUUGUGGCAGCUAAAUGAGGAACCAAGUUCUCUCGUAAGUGCUCUACUUACAGAUCCUACCAGUGUGUCCAAAGGAGUAAUGGACCACGUUCUAUUGGGAGUUCGAUGCAGUGACCUCUUGGAGCCACUCAAAAAACUAGCAAUCGAAAGACACAAGCUGAAAGGCCGAGGUGUCAUUAGAGGCCAUUCUUUAUACAGAGAAAUGUUAUUUUUGGCCUUCACUGCCAUGGGCAGGGACAAUAUUGACCAAAGUGCAUUUGAUAAGGAAUAUGUGACAGCAUAUGAUCGUUUGUCCGAGAGGGAACUUAAAUUAUACAGUAAAUGUGAUCAGCCUCUUACACCAGCAUCACUCUUCUGCAGGCUUUACUUCAAAGAAUUGGAGUUAUGACCUAGAUAGUAACUAAAUGUGAAGCACUUAAAAGCAAAUCACUGUCCAUAACUUAAUGUGAUGUUACACCGCCACCAUGAACAAUUUUGGGUAUAACCUGCUGAGGAUUAACCAUACUUUGCAGCAUUUUUAUAUAGAAUUGAGUACAUAUUUACAAUGACAUGUAAAAAUUUUUUGAGAAGGAGCUGUAAAAAUUUGACUUGGGUUAACUCAAAAUAUUGAUGUCCAAACUAUUUUUCUGCUAUGCUUUUGGCAAAGCAGUGCAGAGUUUUUAAAAUAUUUUAAUCUUAUAGGCUUGAGAAUGUAAGAAUGUGUGUUCUCUGGUGCACCAAAUGCAGCAGAUAUUUUUAUGCUUCUGCAAAAAUAUGCAGCUACUUGUUGAGUUUUUGGAUUUUAAAUGCAGUGGCCUCACUUUCCAGUAUGGUAUCUGCAGUCUCUCUCCAACACGAGAGAGAAUUGCAUUAAUAUGGUACCUGCAACUGAAUAAAGACUGUUUGAUGUUAUAUUGUAGACAAUAUUAAAUCCAGAAGAGCUAAUAAAAUGGAAAGUGUUUUUCUAAACCGCAAACAUCACAAAAAUAUUUUUGUAAGCAUAAUGUACUUUGAAUUAUAAUUACAAAUGCCUCACUCACAUUUCAGGAAGAAUUUGAGUACGCUGUAUAUAUUAUAAAUAUUUAUGCUCCUUUUUCUGUGAUUCACUAUUCAGAACAAAAUGCAUUCUAUUUUACUGCUCAGAAAAUUGUGCUUGUUAAAUAAUGUGAUCCUAAUUGAAUCGUUGCUUGUUUUGAAUGUAUGAUUGUUGUAAAAUUUUUAAAAACAAAACAAUGUAUAUAAACAGAUGAAUUUUAAGGCCUACUUGUUUCGUUGCAAAUUGAUAAAUGGUGGUGGUAUAUAUUGCUUCACCACACUGGUUGUGAUUUCUGAUUAUGUUAAUUGAUUGUAGUGUUGACUUCCAGUAUUUUGUUAAGUUGGAAACUCAAACAUAUUUAUAUGGAAUGAACUAUUGCUUGAAUCCCGGUUUUGAACCAUUAUUUUCACAUUUCACUUUGUUUUAUAAUUAACGUAUUUAUAUCAUCAUGUACAUGUACUGUCAAAAUUCUUGAUUUAAAUUUUAAUAUAUAUUUUUGUAUGUGAAAAAAUAAAAUGUAAAAAAUUGUCAGUAAAAUAUGUAUUUUACUUAAAAGU